AUGUGGUUUCUCCGCGCGGUUCUGCUGCCACUUCCCGGUAUGAGGCAUUUCGUCGACCAUAUCAAUGUGCUAGUUCAGCAGUGGGAGAAGGUGUAUCGGAUGCAUAUUGCUUGGUUGAAGGAUGUUGUGCCGGAGGAGCGGCUGGUGGUCGUGGAUGUGAAGGAGGGGUGGGAGCCGCUGUGUAGGGCGCUGGGGAAGGAGGUGCCCAAGGAUAUCCCGUUUCCGAGGAUUAAUGAUGCGGAGGCUAUUGAUCGCACGGCGAAGGUUUAUAUCAGCCGUGGUAUGGACAUGGGCAUCUGUAGAAACCAUAUGUUCUAG